AGACAGCACCUUCUCAGAUCUUCUCUGCAGAACGCGCGUACUCUUUUUCUUACGUUAGGACGACUCACCAACUCACUAACAUGGGCUGGGACGAAGUUUGUAUCAUUUGCGGUAUCAGGCCGUACAGCGGCCCAGCUUGGUUCUGCAGCGGGAGGGACCAAGUGGCUACCGAAAUCGCGAAGGAGAUUCUCGACGCCGGGCUUGUCGACCUCCCUGCCGAAGGGAUCACUUCCACGUUGCUAAAGGCCUUCUCCACUGACAGCCUCGAUGUUUUUGACCGCUGCUACAAGUCUGCUAUUGAUCUGGGCUACGACCAUGACUGCAUCGCCAUUGGAUAUUUCGACGGCACCGGCGGGUACGUGCCCUGUAACCACCACGGACGCACGCUGCACCCGACCGGCGAUGAUGUGCAGAUCCGCAGAGUGUGCACACCAAAUGGCGGUAUAUUCAGCGAGCUCAUCGAGUUCGACCGGGGCCAGCGCAUUGUGGCGGAGCAGGACACCAGCUGCGACACCUAUUGGGCGAGCGACGAGCCCACGUAUAGCGUCUGGGUGCACGUCGCGUGUUGGACGUACCUUCAGGAGUGGCUCGAUUGUUCUCUGCCACCGCGCAUCGGCAGGAGCGGUUUGUCGUUCACCCUCGCCGGCGAGCUGUACGAAAUCACCGGCUCCCGCCACGAGCGUCAGACACAAGUGCGGGGCUGGCUCCCGUGCGUCGACUAUGGUGGCACGCUCGAUGCGUACAUGGACGUGCAAUACCAAGAUUAUAUCAUGGGUCCUCGCAAAGGCUCGAGGCACAUCGCACAGGCCCUUAGUGAAGGCCUGCGCGACGAACAGCUCAUACCGGCCAUCAUGAAAGAUUCGCGCUUUUGGAUGUUCACCCGGCCUGACAUGUGAGUCCACCUCGCCCGC